AUGAAAGACACCAAGGAAAGGCAAGUCGGGCAACCAAUUUCCGAGGAACUUCUCGAGACGAUCGAGGAGAUGAGCCGCGCCUUCACGGAAUUUGUAGAUGAGGUGCUAGAAACCCAGACGAUUGGCCCUGGUAACCCCGCUCUUCUGAACAACUUACACCAUGUCUCCGCUCGAAUUCUUUCCCUGGCCAAGGGAGCAGUUGAUGUUGAAGGAAUGGGGACCCCAUCGCCAACACUCACCCACCCUAACAAUCAGCUUGGCAUCGGCCAGGGAGCCGAAGCCAAGCUGGUGGUCUCUGGUGGCCCAGGGUCGCUCGGACCUAUCUCGGAUUAUAACGGCAUGGACCCGACCGUGGGCAGCUCCUUGAGGACGCCUGGCCAGGCGUUGCCUAGCAACAUUCGUGUGAGCAUCCCCACGGAGCAAGGAACCAUAGAAUCAACCUUUCAAUCCAUGUCUCGAACCACAUCAAUGCCAAUAAUUCCGUCGCGUCAAGUCUUUGGUAAUGGUUGGACCACAUCUACCAUGCCUGAACUCUCCGGCAUAGAGCCAAUUCAGCGCUUGUCCCCCGAUAUAACAACAGCUCUUUCAGCUCUAGGAUCCUUCUCCCUUCGCCUGCUCGAAGCAACCCUAAUCUAUGGAUAUCGUUUGCUCUUGGAACAUGUCCAAGAGAAGACCGAUGAGGCUGGGUUAGCGCUCUGUUCUCGGCCGCCGCAGCAGCUCGCUGCGGUCUUUCGCUGGCUACUAGGUCCUGGAAAGGAAUACAUGUAUCGAAUGUCGGGGGUUGCAUGGGAAGCCAGCCACGGCGCGGCUUUACAACCACCGGAUUCAUCGCCCCCUUUCUCUAUGCCACCUUGCUCCGACGCCACGCUUGAAGUUAAUCACUCCAGGGAGAAAACAGAGUAUCUCACAGCUAUUGGUGUCCAGAGACGGUUGCAAAGCCUCGGUGCCAAAAUGCUAGAUGCAGAUACGAUGGAGCUCCAGGUGGAUGGAUCGCGAUUCGGCACUGAAGAUGAUCUCAGAUUCUUCUCGUCGGGGCCGAUGCCACCAGCUUCGUGGAGCUACAUCGAUUUCUUCUCCGUAUAUCACGCUCAGCCGAGCUCUGUUACGAUGAUACUCAGGGUGCCAGAAUUCAUACAGAAUAUGACGCAAAUAUCUACUUGCUUGGGCAAUGGUCCGGGGUAUUCAAAGAAGGAGCUGGCUAGAGUAAUGAAGGCAUCUGCAUCCAUUGUUAAGUAG